GACAAAAUUUUGUAAUUAAAAGUUGGCUUCAUGCCAAAAGCCCAAAUCGGGCAAUGGCAAUAUUAUUUUAGUUUAUGUGGGAAGAAUUUUGACGGGUUGGGUAAUUUUAAAUGCGAUGUAGACAUAUAUUGCUAAAGAAAUUUUAAGUUGACAUAAUACAAGUAAUGUGUAUAUAAAAGAAGAACACUUUUUUUACAAAACACGUAUCAGAUUUCAUUUAACUUAUUCAAUAAGCAUGAGGAUGAUGAAGAAUGAGUCAUAAUCGGAAUCUUUCAUAAAAAAACCUACGAAUUUCUCUAUUAACAUCAAUAUAAGAUAAAUUUGUUUUACUAUAAAAAUGAAGUGAAUAUGUCAUUUCAAUUCCGUGAUGGGCAUUGUGCCCGUAGUGAUGAUCUUCAUCGUCAUAUAUUACGGAGUCAUCUAGCAUACCUGAACCAAGAAGAAACUCCUUCUAAACUGCAACACAGACACAAUCUGGAGAACUUAAUCUCCGAGUAUUUGAGUACUGUUUCACAUAGAGCAAAGUUCACAUUUGCGGAAGUCUUCAACAUAUUGAAUAACAGCAUAGAAAAUAACUUUGAUUUCAGUGCUUACAAAGCAGCUUCUGCAUUUGAAGCAUUGGAAAAAUAUGCUACAAAUUUAAUUAGCCACCCUUGGAGGAAAGAAUAUAAAACUAUAAAGCUAUAUAGUGGAUUCUACAAACAUUCUGUUGAAUCACAGCUAUUAGGAGGAAGCUCAAUGUUUCAUCUGUUAGGUUACCAAUUUACUGAAAAAGGAGUCCUUUUCCUUGAUGAGCCUGUUGAUCCUGAUAAAGUAGCCAGAGUAGCACUUGAUUGUUUGAUAGCAUAUGUGGAAUGUCAGUUGAUGCUGCAAAUAUGUGAGCGUUUGAAAUCUUUUAAGUGUACAUGGCAGGAAAUCAACCAAGUUCGACAAGACUAUGUUUGUGGAAUUGAUGAAACUGUACGCAUUUUACACCAGCUGAAAAGAAAUGUGGUGGAGCAACAGAAGCAAGAGAGGUGGCUAAGGGAGCAGGAAAAUGAUUCUCUUAGUGAUAGGCCAUUUCUUAAACCUGAACCUUCAAACUAUCAAAAGACAGGUAUAUUAGUUGAUGUAUCUAAUACCUGGCCCAGUACUAGCUCUUUUCCUAGUUAUAACCAUAGUUCUGUGAUUUUGCAACCCACCGUAGUUAACGAAUCACGUACUGCUAAAACUAACAAAGGAAUUUUGCAUACCCAUUCAAAAUUGCCUUCUUGGAGUGAAGGAGUCUCAUCUCAAAUAACUGAUUACCCUAGUAGAAGCUAUGUAUCAAAAUUUGAGGAAAUGCAUGGAGAUGGCUAUGCUGGUCACAGCUUUGAUAGCCAUUUGCAACCAAAUUAUUUUUUAGGCAAAUGCAGUAAUUCAGAUUCUAGGUUUACAAAUUCAGAUUUAACUCCGGAAAGCUGGAGUGAUUCCUGGGAUGCACUGCAAACACCUUCAUCGGGUCAAAGCAGGCAUGAUACUUACCUCAGCAGCGGUCAUGAUCGGACUGGCUAUACCACACUAGUGCCAAAUGUAAAAGAAACUCCUCAGUUUGGUCACAUAUAUCCAUCUCACCCCAUUGUUCCCUUAGGAUUACCUGCUUAUUCUGUACCUCAUGAAUUUGGUGUUCAUCCUAGGCAGUGUCCAUGUAGAAUGUGUUCAACUAAGCAAUUAUCUCCCUUGUCCCAUAAAUACCCUCUCAGUAGGGAUGCGGAUGAUCAUGAUUUUGAGCCUUACGUGCGAUCCGAUUCUACGGAAGAUCCUAGUGAAAUUUGCUCCUCCCUUUUAAAAAUGUCUGUUGAAAGUCCUAGUGUGAAAACCAAACAUUUCCCUCUAACAUCUCCGUUUUCUCCAUAUCAGACUAAUUCCAACCCAAGUAAUAAUGUUGUGCUUAGAUCUAAUGGUGGAAAUAAACCGCAACAAGAUAACUGCAAAAGAGGUAGCUAUUAUGAUAAUGUACCAUCACCGUUUGACAUUGAUCUAAACAAUUCUUUUGGGCAGAGCUUACCGCCAAAAUGUGAUUACCAGUUGAAUGGGUCAACGUCUCCUAGUGUCACUCAUCCAACUAGCACCCGAAACCAAGUAACUACUACCACAACUAGUGAUUCUAGCAGUCUGCAUUCAAAACCGGUGUUGAAGAAGAGUUUCUCUAAUGGGGUACCUUGUCCAGAACAAAUUCAAAGUGGAGCCCAUGCAUCAACCAGUUCUGACUCAAAAUGUACUAAAUCCAAUCAGGCUGGAUCAGUGAAGGAUUCUAAAAAUUGCAAAAAGUGGUCCUGUUCAUCCUGUACAUUCUAUAACCCUUCUGACCUGAGUAUUUGUAACAUGUGCGGCCGAAGUAAAAAUCCUGGUCCCGAAAUUGCUCCGUUAGUGAGUGGGGGCAGAGAGUGCCCCCAAUGUACUUUAGUUAAUAAAAAAGACACUGAAAACUGUAUUGCAUGUGGCUCCAGUUUGAAAGAUUCCCCAACCUAUAUAUGAGCUUAUUCUAACUAUAUUUAAAAUAUUAUCUAUGUUUUAUUAUGCAGCUGUGAUAUCUUGUGGCAUAAUAAUAAAAUUGAACAAAAUGACAUAUAUUUUA